AUGCCGGCGCUACACGAUGCUACGAACGUUGGCUCCAACGUUGGGCAGAACGUUUGAGUCAAAUAAGUUCGACAGUUGGUGCGGCAAAUGUAUCUGCUACACGGUGUGGCGAAUGCUUGAACCAAAAUUGUUUGGUACAAACGUUUGCCUAGUAGUUCUAAAAUGGAGGAUACAGACGUUGCAAUUGCAGCCGCAGCGGUAGUAGUAUUGUCUUGUGCCAAGUUAUUACUUGAAAACAAGAAACGUAAAAGACGUACAAGAAGAUGGUGGAUGUUAUCUCUAAAUAAGAGCAGAGGACGGUACAAUGGCUCAGAUAUGCUACUGGAUUUACGAAGAGAAAGCUCAGGAAAAUUUGAGAACUUUUGUAGAAUGUCAGCAGAAGAUUUUGAAUAUCUUUUGAAUAAAAUUGGGCCAAAAAUAAAAAAACAAGACACCAAUAUGAGACAAGCUAUUCCAGUAAAAGACUGUCUAGCAGUUACUCUACGGUUUUUGGCUAGUGGCGACACAUUUACCAGUCUUGGAUACCUAUUUAAAAUAUCACAUCAGUCCAUAAGCCGCAUCGUCGCCAAUGUUUGUGAGGCUCUCAUUGAAGUACUAAAGGAUGAGAUACGGUUGCCACAUUCAGAGGAAGAUUGGAGAAGAAUAGCAAAUGGAUUUUAUCAGCGAUGGAACUUUCCCCAAUGUGUGGGAGCAAUAGAUGGUAAACAUGUGUUACUUCAAGCUCCAUUUAAUAGCGAAUCGAAAUUUUUUAAUUAUAAAAAAUCGUUCAGCAUCAUACUUUUGGCACUGGUUGAUGCAGAUUAUUGCUUUACAUUUAUUGACGUUGGGGCGCAAGGAAGAAUGAACGACGCUGGAGUGUUUGCGUGCACAACACUCUAUCGUAAAAUGAUACGUAGGGAACUUUUGCUUCCACCAAACGAACCUCUGCCGGGGCGCCACAAGAGCGUACCAUACAUUUUUGUAGGUGACGAUGCAUUCCCUCUUAGUAGCUCACUUUUAAAACCAUAUUCUGGAAAUCAUGCCAAGGGUAGCAUUGAACGGAUUUUUAACUACCGCCUUUGUCGAGCACGAAGAAUUGUAGAAAAUGUUUUUGGAAUUUUAGCAUCUGUAUUCCGCGUUUUUAGAACACCGAUGUUGAUACAGCCUGAAAAAGCUGCUAUGGUUUGCAUGACAUGUGCACUACUUCAUAAUUUUCUACGGCGAAGUAAUACAUCUAGGCAAAUAUAUAGCCCAAAUGGCAGCUUUGAUUAUGAAGAAGAUGGACAUUUGAAACCAGGAACAUGGCGCCAAGAGACCAGCAAUUCGUCGCUUACCCCUCUUUCCAAAACACCGAGAAAACCAUCUCAGGAGGCAAAAGAUAUUCGAAAGGAGUUUGCAGAAUAUUUUAUAACUAACGGAGCAGUUGAAUGGCAAGAUUAUGUUAAUUGACUGAUAACAAUGUUUUUUUGUUUAUUAAAUAAACUAUAUGAAAUAAAAUUACCUC